UUUGAGGGUAGUUCGAAAUAAAAGUUUGGGAGCGGAUUUCAAGGUGAUUUAAAGGAUGAGUGUCGGUAGGCUUGUAGAAGUUAAAAGCAAGUUUGAUGCAGAGUUCCGACGCUUCAGUUUCUUGAUAGAGGAUUCACUACAGUAUAACGCUUUCUAUUCCUUACUUGAACGUAUUCACAUGUUGUUCAACAUCCCCUUUGUUAUUCAGUAUGUCGAGCCCAAAAACGCUGAUUUACUACCAAUAAGUAAUAACAAGAAUUUUGAGUUGGCUGUAAAUUCUUCAAAGUCCUUACUUAGAAUUCUACUUCAGCGGAAAGGUGAAAGCUAUGGAGAGAUUUAUGGAUACAAAGCUUCUAAACAUGGUCUUAUACAUCGAGGAGCAGCUAACACUCUACGAAACUUCGGUGGAAGUGGAAAAAAUCGUCGAUCUGAAAAACCUUACAUCAGUGUCAUGAGUGACUUCCACUUAGUCUCGUCAAUACUGGAUGUUGACAUUAUACCAUGGACUCUAAGACGUGUAAGCCUAAUUCGUUCACCUGGUAAACAAUUCGGUUUAAAUAUUCGUACUGGUGCAAUUCAAUAUUACACAAAAAAUGGUUAUGAAACAAUACCGGCAUUUUUUAUAUCACGUUUAACAGAAGAUGGUAUUGCUUAUAAUACUGGUUUAUUAGCUGUGAAUGAUGAAAUUAUCGAAGUGAACGGAAUUGAAGUGUAUGGUAAAUCAUUAGAUCAAGUCAAUGAUAUGAUGGUAGCGAAUAGUUCCAAUUUAAUUAUUACUAUUCGACCAGCGGAUCAAAGUAUGUGUCUAGUUCCUAGAGAGAUAUCACGUUCGAAAUUUUCACAAAGUACCGAUUUAUUAUAUGGUCCACGAAAAAAUAUCUCAUCAUCGUCCACUGGACUUUAUUCACCGUCAUCAUCUCAACCGACACAGUAUAAUCCAUCCUCAUCUCAUCAUCCAUUAGCUAUGACAAAUACUAUUUCAUCUGUUAGCAAUUACAAUCCAUUAUUACCUCGAUCUAGUGUAGUGAAUGGUGAUUCAGCCGCAACAACAGCAACAGCAACAACAAUUCAAGUAAACGAAGAAAUUGCAAGUGAUGAUGAUGAUGACAUGAAUGUUGGUCUGAUUACAAUAUAAAUGAAAUUAGCAGCCUCUUCUUCCUUCCUCUGGUUUUUAUACACACACACACACACACACCAUCAGCUCAUAUCAUUUUCAUCAAGAAUAAGCUGUUGAAUUUUUUUCUUUCUCUUUCUUUUUCAUUUUCUAUCCACUUGGUGGCGUUUUUUGUUUGUCACUUUUAAGCACAAAAAAAAGCGGGAAACAAUAAAUCAAGCAACAAUCACAAAUUCUUGUUUUUGCGCUUCAUUUUUUUGAUAAUUUGUCUACUGAAAUUGUUAUAAUAACCGAGAAAAUUGAAUUUUGUUUGAAGUAGUAUCAUGUGUGUCACAUUGAAACAUAUCAUCAUCAUCAGCAUCAUUAUAGAUACAUGUAGAUAAUUUGAAAUACAACUUGUGAUCAAUUGUUUUCAUUCUUCUUUUUUUUCGGAUAUAUAUUGAUAAAGUUUUAUUAUUUUUCUCGCCUUUUUUCUCUGUUUCUUCCAUGAUAUUUUCACGAAAAAUUAACUCUUUCUCAUCGGUGGCAGUUGUAUGUAUGUAUUUACUAGUUUGUUUGUUUCGUUUGUUUCCCGCCUUUUUUUCUCUCUCAUUCUUUUUGUUUUGCUGUACAAACAUGUACGUGCGCGCACACACGCAGGUACAUGCAAACAACUAUAUAUAUAUAUAACACCAAUUGAACUGGCUACAACACAUUCACUAUCUUCUUAUUUUGUGUUCAAUGUACCAAUGGUUAUUGAUUUAUUUAUGUAUUUUCUAGUUUUUAUAAACAUCACACACACACGCGCGCGCAUUCCUUUCCGGUUUCAAUCAUAUCAGCGGUAUCUUUGAAUUUGGCCACUUUUUUUUAUGCUCAAUUGUUUUGUCUUGUCUUUUAUUUCGUUUUUCUGCAUUAUAUAUAUAUGUAUUGUUGACAUAUGUAUUAUUUUUUUUUAAAAAAAAAUUAUUUUAUUCUAAGGAUUAACUUUUCCAUUUUGGGAAUUUUUCUAUGAUAAAUAGAUGAUAUACUUAAACAUACAUAUCAUUAGUAAUAAAUAUUGCUCAAUUUUAUUUAUUUAUUAUUACUCUAUUCUAACUUACAAAUUGUUGACUGCACACUUAUCAAUCAUGAUUUCAUCUAUUGCUUUAUGUCAUUUCAAUGUUUCUCGUUUCUUUUCUUUUUUUUUUCGGUUUUUGUUUUAAACAAAACAAUAAGGCUUGGUAAAUUUUCUUAAUUACACUUGUAUCUUCAAUUUGUAUACACUGAGUUGUUGUUUUUCUUUCUUAAGAAUAAACAAAAUGAUUAAAUA